AAACUAAUUCAUUUCUCCAUUCCAGUCUCUCUCACAUUCAAGAACGUCUUCUUAUCGUUUUUCUUGUUCGCCGGCGCCGGAGCCGGAGCGGAGGGAGGCCUCCACCGACCAUGGACUUUCGUGUCCUUGAGAUCAGCCUGAUCUCAGCCCAGGGCCUCAAGCCCCCCUCCGGCCCCCUCCGCCGCCUUCACGCCUUCGCCAUCGCCUGGGCCCAUCCCACCGCCAAACUCCGCACCCUCCCCGAUCAAUCCGGCGCCGAGAAUCCCACCUGGAACGAGCGAUUCCUUUUCAGGGUCCCCACCUCCUUCCUAGCCUCGGACUCCUCCUCCGCCGUCUCCGUUGAGAUCUACGCCUCCGGAGGCUGGUGCCUCCCCUCCCCUCUCAUCGGCACCGUCCGCAUCCUCAUUGGCAAUCAUCAUCUCCUCGAUCGCUCCCCCGACAUCCCAUCCUUCGCCGCUCUUGGUGUCCGCCGCCCUUCCGGUCGUCUCCAUGGGGUUCUCAACUUCGCUGCCACGCUGCUCACACGCGUGUCCUUAAUCGCCGAAGAGGCACUGGCGGAGAGCCCUGCCGUUGCUUACCGCGAGCUCAUGUGCGAGAGCCCCAGGCCCCGGCGGCGGAUCCCUCCGACAUCUGCAUCGAUCAUCGCCCCGCUGAUGGAUCGGAACCGAGAGGAUCCGGAGGAAAGAUCGGACGGUGGAGGAACGAUGUGCGGUCUAGGGUUCCAGCGUAGGAUACAUUUCUGUCCGUCCGAUGAGAAUCUCCCGAAUUCGUCUACCAGAUGAUUGACGGCCGUGAUCUAUCUUUCAUUGUUUUCGGUGCGCUCCUUCUUGAUGAUAGAACUCCUCGUUCUUGUUCUUCUUGGUUUCGUUAACACUCAAUUCGGCAAUAUUUAUUUGGAAUUUCCCAAGAUAAAGUUCCUUUUCGUUUUAGACUAUUAUUUCAUUUUUAUGAUAAAAAUAGAGUAGGCUAAUAUACUGUUUUGUGAGUACCAACUUAGUUUGAAUUACAUGCAAAA